GGACCAGCGGAGAUCUGUUACAGAUGCCGAAGUAUGACAUCUACACUCUCCGAGACAUGAUGUCUAUAUUUUGUGAUGCACCGCAUCUCUGGCUCAAGGACUUGUACAUGCUCACAAGCUUUGCUCUCAUCCAUAUUGUUCUCAUUCGAUGGCAGCGAAACGUUCCUAUAUGUCUAUUUACCGACAAAUUUUGUCAGCCCAUGCCAGGUCGAUCUCCGUCACACAGAGCAAGUUUCGAAAAGCCUCCGUCAUGUUGGUGACCGGUGACGUGGAGAGCCUGACUAUUGGGAGCGCUCUGGAUGUCAACUCGCUUCCUGUUCGCUUCCGUAAAUAACCUCUGGGAUGAUAGGUUGUCACAGCUCCACUUGCUACGUCGGCCGUUCGAGGAUGUUAUUCCACGAUGUCAAGCGCUAAUCUGGGGGGCAUUUAAGAACACGUCCACGUACUUCCUCAGAACCAUUUCUUCUCGCAAACUCUUCUUACACCAGAUUUGUCAUGGCGUCGAGUGACACCACGAAUUCUCUAGGAAAUUCGUCCGCGACGGCAACACAACGAGGAUGCCGAUGUGCCAAGAGUAAUCGAAACCUCAUCGUUUGCAUCGACGGCACGUCGCAAAAGUUCGGGGAGAAGAACUCGAACGUCAUCGCGCUCGUUGAUCAGAUUCGCAAGACAGACAGUGACAUACCCCAGAUAACGCACUAUGUGACUGGCGUAGGCACGUCAGCGAAGCCAUCCACACGCUCGCUUGCCUAUUGGAAGAACCAGCUGGCGAGUAAAAUUGAUCUAGCCAUCGCAUGGGAUGUGGAAGCUAAUAUCAUUAAUGCGUACCAGUGGCUAUGCGAACAAUACGAGAACGGAGACAAGAUCUUUUUGUUCGGUGAAAUUAGGGUUGGUCCUAUCAAGGACUGCUAUCUUAUGUCUCUACAGGUUUCUCCAGAGGUGCCUAUCAAGUCAGGGCGGUCGCAGGCAUGA